UUGACCAGUGAAAAUGAGCGGAAGAGGCAAGGGAGGAAAAGGACUCGGUAAAGGAGGCGCCAAGCGUCACCGUAAAGUCCUCCGUGAUAACAUCCAGGGCAUCACCAAGCCCGCUAUCCGCCGUCUGGCUCGCCGCGGUGGAGUGAAGCGUAUCUCCGGUCUGAUCUACGAGGAGACCCGCGGUGUGUUGAAGGUCUUCCUGGAGAACGUGAUCCGUGAUGCCGUCACCUACACCGAGCACGCCAAGAGAAAGACCGUGACCGCCAUGGAUGUGGUGUAUGCUCUGAAGAGACAGGGACGCACUCUGUACGGCUUCGGGGGAUAAACACUGAACGAUCUUUACUAUUAAAGAAAAGGCCCUUUUAAGGGCCAUCCAAUUACUCUAUUUAAAGACUUUGCUUCCUUUACACUGACAUUCAUU